CUUGGUGCAUUGCAGCCCUCAGUGCUCGACACUUGGUUCAAAACACGGCAUAAGUGCAUCGUUUUGAACCCAGCACCAUCGCUGUUUUGCAAGCGCGCGUCAAAAACCACGGCUGCAGCCGUGCACCAUUGCUGCUGAAAGCAGCCUGCAGCCUUGUGCACCGCGCUGAGCUGAGCACGCCAUCGAUGCGCGUCGCGCUCUUCGUCGCCGCCCUGCUCCGAACCACAGCAUUACAACCGGGCCGACCGAUCCAGGUCGUCGUGGACGUCGACGACACCGUCAAGUCGAGCGGCAAUGUACGAAUACUAGACAUCCCGCUGGGCGGUAUUGAUGAACAGUAUGAGCGGGGACAGUUCUACCCGGGGGUCUGCGACUUCUGCUUCGAAUUAGCAAAUGCACGUUCGGACCCGGAGCCCGUCGCCGUGCUCACCGCGCGCGCCGAGGAAUUCGCAUUUGCACUGCGGUUAGAUGCCAACGACAAGGUCGUGAAGACCUUCCGGGAAUGUGGUAGAAGGCGCUCGAACCCAAAGUGGGGCGUCGCUCCCGAUCGGGUGCUCUACGGGAGCGCGCACGAGUGGGUCUUCCAGGACUUCAAGGGCUGGCGCAAGUUCUUGAAUUUCGGCGUAUUGGCGGCACGGUUUCCCGGGAGUGGCUAUGUGUUUAUCGGCGAUACGGGAGAAAGAGACGGCGAGGCCGGCGAGCUCAUGUGCUACAAGUAUCCCGAGCUCAUGGAGGCCGUCUUACUGCACAUUGUCGGACCGGGCACUGUGUCGGAGGCGUACGAGGUGAACGGGGUUCCGGUACGUUUUUUCCGGACCUAUGUGGGGGCGGCAGACAUCUGCCACGCGCUAGGUCUGCUUGAUAGAGGCGCUGUGGACCGCGUCUGCGACCGGGCGUUGAUGGAGGCUUCCGUUUAUGACGACUCGCGGCGGGAAGAUGUUGUGUCCGACGUCGAGCGGUGGCGGCGUAAGACUUGAUUCUU